CUCGGCUUCCUCUCUGCGGAGCGAGACAUUAGGACAAUACCGUGUGCGCGCUGAGAUACAACUCGUGACUGGUUAGGAUGGCAAGGACGUCCCCCUAAGACAAACCCAAGAUCUCAUCCAAAGAACAAUGCCAACGUCAUGCGGGCUCUCUUUCGACCGCGGGCAGCGGCGUGGCCUACCUUCUCCUCAGUUCUUCGGCAACGACGCGGCCUCCUGACCCAGGCCAAAGCGAAGGGCCCUCUCCAUCCUCCCUUGCUCGAAGAAACUGUCGGCGAGAACUUUGCGCGCAUUGUCUCUGCUCAUGGUGAUCGAAAUGCAGUCAUCUCAAGACACCAAAACAAGCGACUGACAUACCACCAACUCGAUCUCGACAGCAAUGUCGUGGCUCAUGGACUUCAAAGCUUGGGAGUCAAGAAAGGCGAUCGGGUCUGCGUGUCUUUGGGCAACAACCUCGAGUUCGCGACAAUCACAUAUGCGUUGUUCAAGCUCGGAGCUAUACUCGUCCCACUGAACCCGGCGUUCACCUCGACCCAGAUCAUUUCGGCCUUCAACCACUUGUCUGCCACGCAUCUAGUCAUUGGGACCGAGACAAAUCUACCGUACAAAGCACCACGGCCAAAUGUCCCGCUUCUAGAAGCACUUGUGCCUGAUCUUGCGAGUUCGACUCUUGCCUCCGAGGCGAUUCCAACCCUGAAAAACAUCAUCCUUGUGGAUAACUCCUCUGGUCGGAUAGAUCCUACGCCUUUCCGAGCAACAACACCAUGGGGAUCGAUAUCACAGGACACGGAUACUCGUCCCCCUACGCCGUCUUCUCCUCUAUCGCAUCAUGAGGCGGUCAACAUUCAAUUCACAUCUGGCACCACGUCAAUGCCUAAAGCUGCCUGUCUGUCGCACAGAUCAAUUCUCAACAACGGCAAUCAAAUAGGCGACCGCAUGUUGCUGACACCAGAAGACGUUGUAUGCUGUCCACCACCGUUGUUCCAUUGCUUUGGGUGUAUCCUAGGCUACAUGGCGACCGCGACUCAUGGCUCCGCCAUAGUCUUCCCCGCCGAGGCAUUCGAUCCUUUGGCCUCCUUGAAGGCUGUACAAGAGGAGAAAGCCACGGCACUCUAUGGUGUACCCACCAUGUUCCUUGCGGAGCUGGAGCUUCUCGAUGACGAGAAGAUCGCUUAUGAAGGCUUCCAGUAUCUGCGCACCGGCAUUGCAGCUGGCUCCUCAGUGCCUGCCGAGCUGAUGCGGAAAUUGCACAAGACUCUAAAUUUGACGGAGUUGACGAUUUGUUAUGGAAUGACGGAGACUUCCCCCGUCUCUGCGAUGACAACGACGGAUGACCCAAUUGAGAAGCGCAUCAAUACCGUCGGCCGGCUGCUCCCCCACGUCGAGGCGAAAGUGGUGGAUCCCUUUGAUCAUGACAAGAUCCUGAACGUGGGUGAACGAGGCGAACUUGCGGUCCAUGGAUACUUGGUAAUGAAGGAGUAUUGGGGCCAGCCAGAAAAGACAGCAGAAGCCAUCAAAACCGACGAGGACGGUAAGGCAUGGAUGCAUACGGGCGACGAGGCAUCAAUAGACGAAGAGGGCUACGUCAGCAUCACAGGGCGCAUCAAGGACCUGAUCAUCCGCGGCGGAGAGAACAUUCACCCGCUCGAGAUUGAGAACUGUCUCUUCGCACACCCCAAGAUCGCCGAAGUCAGUGUAGUCGGCCUUCCAGAUCAAAGGUAUGGAGAAGUCGUUGCGGCGUUCGUCAUUCGCAGGCAUCAUCUGCCACCAGGCGAGAACCAUAUAACCGCCGAAGAAGUCAGGAGCUGGGUCAAGGAUCGCAUGAGUCAUCAUCUGGUGCCGAAAUAUGUCUUUUUCGUGCAGGACUAUCCAAAGACGGCCAGUGGAAAGAUUCAGAAAUUCAAACUGAGGGAGCAAGGUGUCGAGCUUCUCAAAGAAGGCGAGAAAUCGAGCUGAGGCAUCGAACUGCAUUCGCCCUGUGUUUGCGAUCAAGCAGUUGCCAAAUAGACCUAGCAUACCAGCUCGGUGCUUCCCCGACAGAUCGAUGCUGAUUUGGAUAGCAUACUAUAUAGCAUGUCGGACAGAGUCCACGCAUCAAAUCAAUAAUCAUCGAUCCUGGUGGAGGGACGAUCACGGUCUCGCGACGACCUUCUCUCCC